AGGAGCAAAUGUGCGCGGCGGCGGCGGAGAGGGAGGGAGGACAGAGAGUGCGCAAACGGGCAGCCAGGCACAUCAGCAGCAGCGGCAGAGCAUCUUCCUGAUCCUCAUCUCCCGUGUCUUCAGCUGCCAGCCCUCUGUGCGUCCCUGAUUGAGAUUUCACUGCCGGCUCAAGUGUCCAGGAACCUCCGCCAACCAUCAGCUCCCACCAACACACUUUCUCCGGAGCUCGGUUAUUCUUAGCUCAGCUGCGAGAGACUGUCCUUCCGGUCCUUCUCUUAUUUUUCCCAGUUUCUUGAAUAUUUAAUGGAAAAUGGCGAUCUGCGCGCAGUCGUACGGUAUUUUCUGCCUCCUCACAAUUCAAACUGUACUUAUCAUAUGCGUUUCCACGCCGACAGACGGGACCCACCUCUUCCCCCAGCACUACACAAUGAUUCACUGGGCGGGACGAAUUGAGAAGGAGCUGGAAAAGGUUCUGCAGCACGUCACCGGGACUCAGCAGAUGAGAUCGAUCUAUAAUGAGAAGAAGAGCCAGUUCGAAAUCAAGAGAAACAACCCCAAGGACCUGGUGGAGAGAGUGGCACGAGACAUUUCCAAGCUGCUCAACAGUAAGAGGAAAGCCCUGGAGAAACUGGCCAGGGAGGCGGAGCAGCUUCAGCAGGAGCAUGUAUGGCAAGACGGUGUGACGGAGAAUGCCAUUUCAUACUACGAUUCCAAAGCGGAUUCAGACUAUGCAGAGGAUGGAGAAGAUGACAACCCUUUGGAGAGUGCGACAUCUUUGGAGCUGGAGUUCGUGGACGAUCCCAACUUUAAAAAUAAGGUCAACUACUCCGCCAGUGCGGUCCAGAUUCCUACAGACAUAUACAAAGGCUCCCCAGUCAUCCUGAAUGAGUUAAACUGGACCCAGGCUCUGGAGCGGGUCUUCAUAGAGAACCGUCAAGAGGACAACUCUCUGCGUUGGCAGGUGUUCGGCAGUGCCACGGGAGUGACUCGUUACUACCCAGCCACUCCAUGGAGGGCACCCAACAAGAUUGACCUGUACGACGUCCGCCGGAGACCUUGGUAUAUCCAAGGUGCAUCAUCUCCAAAGGACAUGGUCAUCAUUGUAGAUGUGAGUGGAAGUGUGAGUGGACUCACUCUCAAGCUGAUGAAAACCUCCGUGAACGAGAUGCUAGACACUCUGUCAGAUGACGACUACGUGAAUGUGGCCAGGUUCAAUGAAAAGGCUGAUGCAGUUGUUCCGUGCUUCCGGACUUUGGUUCAAGCCAACGUUCGUAACAAGAAGAUCUUCAAGGAGGCUGUGAUGCAUAUGCAAGCCAAGGGAACCACAGAUUACAAGUCUGGCUUCACAUUCGCCUUUGAACAGCUUCUCAAUGAGAGCAGUGCCCCAAGGGCCAACUGCAAUAAGAUGAUAAUGAUGUUUACAGAUGGCGGGGAGGAUCGUGCACAGGAUAUCUUUGAGAAGUACAACUGGCCCAACAAAACGGUCCGUGUGUUCACCUUCUCUGUUGGCCAGCAUAAUUAUGAUGUCACUCCUUUGCAGUGGAUAGCCUGUGCCAAUAAAGGUUACUACUUUGAGAUUCCAUCGAUUGGUGCCAUCAGAAUCAACACACAGGAGUAUCUGGAUGUGCUUGGUCGUCCAAUGGUGCUGGCUGGGACUAGAGCCAAGCAGGUGCAGUGGACGAACGUGUACCAGGAUGCUCUGGGUUUGGGCCUCGUCAUCACAGGAACAAUGCCUGUCUUCAACCUCACUGUGGAUUCUGUGAGCUCUCAGAACCAGCUUAUCCUUGGAGUCAUGGGAGUAGAUGUUGCAAUUAACGAAAUCAAGAGGAAGACACCGACCUACAGACUUGGAGCCAAUGGUUACACCUAUGCUAUUGACCCUAAUGGCUACGUGUUGCUGCAUCCCAACCUGCGACCCAAAAUCAUUAACUUCAGGGAGCCCGUCACUCUGGACUUUCUAGAUGCAGAGCUGGAGGACAGUAACAAGGAGGAGAUCCGACGACAGAUGAUUGAUGGCAAAUCAGGGCAAAAGAAAAUCAGGACGCUCAUUAAGUCAGUUGAUGAGAGGUACAUCGACGAGGCCAUGCGGACGUACACGUGGACACAAGUGGAUGGGACAGAUUACAGUCUAGGGUUGGUUCUGCCCACAUAUAGUGAGAACCACAUCAAGGCCAACCUGAGUGACCAGAUCCUUCAGGUGCAGUAUUUUGAAUCACUGCUGCCAAACAGUUUUGAGUCUGAAGGACAUGUAUUCAUUGCUCCCAGGGAGUACUGCAAUGAUCUGGAACUUUCUAACAACAACACCGAGUUCCUGCUCAACUUUAUCGCCCUCAUGGAGAAGGUGACCCCGGACUCCAAACAAUGUGACAAUUUGCUUCUUCACAACCUCAUUCUGGACACUGGCAUCAUCAGACAGCUGGUGGAGAAAGUGUGGAAGAACAAAGACUUGAAUACAUACGGCUUUCUAGCUGUGUUUGCAGCAACGGAUGGAGGCGUAACAAGGGUGUUUCCCAACAAGGCUUCAGAAUCCUGGGAGGAAGAUCCUGAGCCGUUUAACGCCAGCUAUUACCGCCGCAGUCUCGACAACAAGGGCUAUAUCUUCCGGGCCCCUUAUCGAACAGCCAGGGACGAGCUGCUGAACCCAGAGAACGACACUAUAGGGAUCCUGGUCAGCACGGCGGUGGAGAUCACAGUGGGAGGGAAGACCAUCAAACCUGCAGUGGUUGGAGUCAAACUUGACCUGGAGGCCUGGACGGAUAAGUUUAAGAUUCUCGCCAGCAACCACACAGACAACCGUCAGGGCUCAAACACGUGUGGUCCGAACCGUGUCUGUGAAAUGGACUGCGAAGCUAAUAGUGAGGAUCUCUUGUGCUACUUACUAGACGACGGCGGAUUCCUAAUCAUGUCCAAUCAGAAGGAUGACUGGAACAAGGUCGGGAUGUUCUUCAGUGAUGUUGACCCCUACUUGAUGCACGCUCUCUUCAACAACUCUUUCUACAACCGCAAGCAGUCAUUUGACUACCAGUCUGUGUGUGAGCGGGUUCCUAACAGCGAGGCUGGAGCUGCUCCCAGAGGAGUGUUUGUGCCUACAAUCGCAGAUUUUGUAAACAUUGCUUGGUGGACGUCUGCAGCUGCAUGGUCCUUGUUCCAACAGUUCAUAUAUGGACUGGCAUAUCACAGUUGGUUCGUCACAGAUGAAGUGGACGCUGAAGGAUACGACUCCAAGGAGCGUAGUUGUGUAAUGAUCCAGACUCAGUACUUCUUAAGUAAUCUCAGCAACUCCUACAACAUCCUACAAGACUGUGGCAACUGCUCCAGGCUGAUUCACGCCAAGAGGAUAAACAACACCAACUUGCUGUUCGUGGUGGCAGAGAAGCUGCCAUGCAACACCUGCGAGAUAGAGAAGCUGUCCCAGGAGGAGGAGGAGUUCAAGGAGGAGAAUCCAUGUGAAGAAGUGAUGGUGGCACGCUAUCGAAAAGGACCAGCCACCUGUUUCGACAAUAACAACUCUGAGAACACGUCAGACUGUGGACGAGGACACUCUUUCCGUCCAUCCCUCUACACUUUACUGCUCCUCCAGCUGCUCCUGCUCUACCCUGCCGUCAGCCCCCUCGUCCACUCACUACUACAUUAAUUCCAUUCUGCUCCGCUUCACUUCGUUUUAACCCCUCCUUUACCCAACCUGAAACCCUCUGACCCCACCUCCUCUCCCCUCAGCCCUUCCCUUGUUAUAGUCAUAGGUUAAAAUGGGACUUCCAACCACAGCAAAACGGAAGCCCUGAGCGCCGCGCUACCCAGCUCGCUUCAGUUUGUGUCGCUUAGUGACAACUGCCGGACGUUUUGUGUCCUCAGCCAGUUAACCUUCAUCUGCAGGAAGAGGCACCACCAUGGUGCCGCUCCACCUGGAUCAUCAGAGGCUAUGCCAGAAAAGAGAAAACAAACCCCUCCGCGAUCACCCCACUCCUCCGGCCCAAAGAAGGGAGGGGACAGAGGACAGGUGGACGUCCUCGUCACAGGCCUCCCACCUCACACAGACUGGAGAGUCGAGGUUGUCUGUCUGUCAGACAGACAGAUAAACAGGGAGGAGUCUUCUCCUCCUUCUUCUCUCCUCCAUCUCAGAGUCUCAACACUCUGUCAUCCACCCUUGGUCAGAGGCUGUGGACCAUUCAGCCGCCUAUAGCCACCAUAAAAGAAAACAAAAUGAAAAAAAGAACUGUCACGUAUACAAAAUGUCAAGUAUAAACCGCUGAAGUGAUGAGUAUUCCAAACAUACAGUGUAUUUAGUUUUUAAUUUGAAAAGGAAGUCAUUAGGUGUUAUCUUAAAAAGACAUGAAUUAAUUUAUGCACUAUAUCUACUUGCCAAAAUGAGAUAGACUUUCAUGUGGUCUUAUUUUUAUAGCCAAAACACAAAGGAGGAAAUGGCUUCUGAUUUAGAUUCAGGAUAAACCAUGAGAGGAAGAGGACACACUCAGAAACUGAACACUGAUUCAUUUUGUGCUGCGCCUAAUAAUAACAGAUUAAUGCUUUUAAAAGAUGUCCACUGAGGAUUAUUGUAAUUACAUGAUGCUAAUCGCAUUUCAUGAAGUGCUUUUCUCUUAUAAUAUCUAUUUAAGGCGAGUGCUUGGUGACAGCUGCAAAAACAUGACUCGGUGUUUGGUUCCUGCAUACUUCUUGAUGUCGUGUUCUCCUUCCUGAUCAAUCGGCCAUUCUGACCUCUGGUUUGGACUGAUGUUAAAAAAAAAAGAAAUCUCUGUGCUCUCUGAAGCUCAGCUCACCUCUGCCAGUCUUCAUGAGGCUUCUCCAGUAACCUCGACUAACGCUCCUGAUCUGGAUUUGUAAAUGUGCUUUACUUCUGUUCACAAACAGACACAGCGAGAUCUCUGCCUCAUGACCUUCUCAUAGUCGUUCCAGGUGGGUUUUUACUUCUUCUUUUUUAUUAUUUGGGCUUUCUUUCUUCUUUGGACUGAUGCUUUUUAAAACUUCAAAAACCAUUCGCUGCUGGGGUAUAGGGGCUUAUCGACAAUUUCCAACAAAAGUGCAGAAAGAGGCAACUAAAUAUGGUGAUGACGUGCAGUAGUAGUCUGGUUAUAACCUGUCACAGUUUCUCAUUUGAUCAUUAUGAUGUGUGAAAAGUCAUUUAGACUCCCAUGUUUAGGAGCCACUCUGUUUCAUAGUGCCUUGAUGCACUUCGUAUUGGACCACAACAGCUGUUUAAGAGUAGAGUUACUGUAUAGUAUCUUUAUAAAGCAGCCGUAUUCAAGGCUUUGGCUUGUGAGACUGAAUCUGUUAGCUAUAACAAUAGCUUUACACAAAGUUUAAUGUAUCCUCCCUCCAGAGCCACCUGACUGCCAUCAUAUGGAGUUACUAUACCGUAUCUUUACAGUGCCACGUAAAGAGCUACGAUACACCUUCAGUAUACAGCAACUUAACUGGCCAUAGAGCGUUCUUAGGGCCACCUGUAGUUCUGCCUGAUCUGUAUGUGUUUGUGUGUGUGUGUGUGUGUGUGUGUGUGUGUGUGUGUGUGUGUACGUUUGCAUUAAACAGCCCUCAGAGGGAAUGUCUUUUAAAUGAGUUUGUGUGAGGGAUGACAGUUGUGGUAGCAGAGCUGUUUUUUUCUGCCCCUAUGUUGCAAACAUACAAAAAUCCUGUGUUGUUGUGGUUUUUGGGGAAAAAAAGGUGGUGGGGGGGGGGGGGUGGGGGGGGGGGUGUUUAACUGAAACAAAAAUAAUUCAUCUUAAAACUUCAGUCUGCGUAAAUAUUAAUCUUUACAGAGCAGAGGUGUCUAAACGAAUGUGUAGUUCAUCAGUGUUUUCUGCUUCAGAUGCAACAUAGUAAACAAAGCCUCUCAAAAUGCCUUAGUGUUCCUCAGCACGGAGCUCUGAUAUUGUUUCCCACUUCUCAUCUGCACUCUUUAUCUCACGCACACACAAAAAGAAAUCCUCCAAAAACACACACUCCCCCUGAGUUUUCUUGGUGUUUUCUGCAGUAAGUGUAGUGAGCUCUGAUUUCAGUAUUUUUACGUCUUGGAAUGAUUCGUUAUUGAUCGAUGCCUGUUUGAUUUUAAAAGCUUAGAAAGCAGGUGGGAGUGUUAAAUUUUACACACACACAAAAAAGAAAAGAAAAAGGCCUUCAACCUUCGAUGUUCACACCCACCCACAAAUUUCACUGUAUUGCUCAGGUGGGAGGAUUUACACGACGAUUUGAACCAUAACUACACACUCUGUACAGUUGUUGGUACUAUUUGAUGUGACAAACAUGCUGGCACAGUACCUGCAGCGAGGCAAAUGCUAAACAAAUCUGAAAAUUUCAAGUUCAGCUCCUAUUGAUGUUUGUUUUUCCAAAUUCAGCAGGCAGUUUAAAGUAAUCUGACGCUGGCUGCAGUUUGACUUUCCCAGCGUUUGUUUGUCUCUGUCCUGUGCCAUUGAUUCCGUCUGUAUAUCCCAAUUUUCACUGUCUGUAAAUGAGCGCUACACGUGCCUGUGGAAAUGUACCCCCUGCAACUUCCUCUCUUUUCCUGACCUCUAUGCGCACACUGAAUAUGUAGGCCUACAGUUCUUUUGCACCUUCAAACACACACAGCUGUAAGCAAACAUUUAAUGACACGUAUUCAAGCCCAGCGGGGAGAUGUAACACACUAGGCAGAAGUAAGCCAAGGACUUCCCGGUGUGCUUUUAUUUUGGCGAGGGGGCAGAAUGUCAGAGGAAAGCUCAGGGAGUGGGUCUCCACAGAGCAGCACGGGCCUGAAGGUCUCAGAGGAUUCAUGUGUGCAGCCCGAUUAAAAGGGGACACACAACUUCUGUGGUUCAACAAAUUUACUUUUGCCAAAAAAAAAAAAGAAAGAAAAUUGGGCCAGCAUGGGGAUGAGAGGGAGGUGUCAGCUUUAGGACAGGACCCUGAAAUAAGUGCGGGGGACGGUUUUCAUAAAGCCUCUUGCCUCCUCCCGACCCUCGCUGCAUCUGUGUUGGUGCGUCUCUGUGGGAAAGACACGUGUGUAUGUGAUUCUGUAGUCUGUAGUCUGGUGCUAUGUGACCAUGUUUGACAAAGUGUGUGAAAAAAUAACAGCAACAUUUAGAGAAAAAAAAGAAGAAAAUCAGUCAAAUUUAAGUGAAGUAAAAAAAAAAUAUAUAAGAAUACAGCACUGUUGAUAAGUAUGAGAUCUGAAGUCGAAAUGUUUUUUUAUUUAGUUUGAUUUUUUUUAUUUUUUUUUAUUUCCUGUGCGUGUGAGUGUGAAUGUUGGUGUGCGUGAAAGAUUUAGCUCCUUCUUUUCUGGGCACUGGUCCAUGUCGCUCCAUUCUUUUGUACAGAUGAAGCUAAAAAAAAAGAAGAGGGCAAAAUUUGUAAAAUAUUGUGUCUGUGACUCCUUGUAAAAUAUUUUCAAAUUGUUUAUUACAGAGAAUCAGUUAUUAAAUAAUGUUCAUAUU